UGUAGAACAAUUAUUUGAUAUAAAGAAAUUUUAGAAAUAGAAAAUCGAUGUAAUCAAUGUAAACAAUUAUGUUUUCCAAAUACUAUUAAUCAAACAGAAAUUACAUGUGGUUGUGCACAAUAUUAUAAUCUAGCUGAUGAUAAACAUUCUUGCAUACCUGAUUGUCCUGAACAUUUUUUUAAUUGUCAACUAUCGAAAAAAUGUAUUCCAUUUUAUCAAUAUUGUGAUGGAAUUUCUAAUUGUAUAUUUAAUGAAGAUGAAAAUAACUGUCAAGCAUGUAAUAAUACUUCAUCAUUUCAUUGUUCGAGUUCUUCGAAAUGUAUAACAAUCGCUGAUUUAUGUAAUAAUAUAACUGAUUGUUUACUUGGUGAAGAUGAACAUGAUAUAGUUUGUAAACAUUUUUGUGAAUGGCCAAGUUUAAAUAUGUGUACAAAAAAAUAUCCGAAUUUAUGUUCGGAUGUAGAAUUUUAUUGUGAUGGAAAAUGUGUAUCGAUUACACACCGAUGUGAUCAUGAACCCUAUUGUUAUGAUGGUGCUGAUGAACCAUUUGAUUGUAUAAAUGUUACAUGUCCUCAUGAAUAUUUUAAAUGUCCAUUAUCAGGAAAAUGUAUACCAUUUGAAAAAGUUUGUGAUAAUGUUGAAGAUUGUCCAACAAUUGAUAGAAUAAAUGGAAUGAUUGCUGAUGAAUCAUCACAAGCAUGCAAUUUCGUGUUAGAUCAUUUGGCUAAUUUAACAACAAUCAUUCCUCCACAAAUACAUAUGACAUGUGAAUCAGCUGAUUUAUUUCGAUGUAAAACAAAUGAUUUUUGUAUAAAUCGAACUUAUGUUUGCGAUGGUGAUCUUGAUUGUUCGGAUUCGUCUGAUGAAGAAAACUGCGACAAUAAUAAUAAUAAUAAUGGUAUUCUAUCAUUAGUAUUACAUAAAGAUUAUACUUGCAUGAAUGGUUAUCGAUGUGCACAACAACGACAUGAACUAGAUGAUUCGAUUCCAUUGUGUAUACCUUUAAAUGAAUUAUGUGAUGGUAUUAAUCAAUGUCCAUUAGGAGAUGAUGAACAUCAAUGGCGUUGUCGUAAUGAUUGUGCUAAUUGUGAUCCAACUUCGAGUUAUUGUGAGCUGAUUAAUCGUUUACCUAUUUGUCAAUGUAAAGAAGGUUACGUUAAAAUAGCGAAUGGAAGUUGUAUCUUGGAAGAUAACCUUUGUAAUUGGUCGUAUGGUAUGUGUUCACAUACAAAUCUAUCACAAAUAAAAGAUAAUCUAAAUUCUUGUAUAAAAAAAACAUCUCCUGUCAAUUGUCAAUGUGAUCGAGGAUAUAAACUACAAAACAUAUCAUGUAUUGUACAAAGUAAUCAAACUUUUAAUGUAAUGCUUAAUCCUCAUGCAUCAUUUUAUCUUUAUCAACAUGAUUCAAUUUUCGUACCAGUAAAUCCUUCUCAUCAUUUAAUUGAUGCUGUAUUUGUUCCAAAUAAUAAUACUUGGACUUUAUUGUAUACUGAACAACGUAAUGGACAUGGGUUUAUAUGGCAACAAAAACUCAAUCAAAUAUUUAAUUUAACAAAUCGUUUAGAAAAUAAUGCAACACAGAUAUGGUCAUCAUUAAUUUUUCAUUUUACAUCCUUAGAAAUCGAUUGGAUUCAUCGUUUUGUUUAUGCACUUUAUGAUGAUCCAUCAUCGUCAUCAAAUGGGAUUGAAAUCAUGUAUGCAACUACAAAUGAUUAUACACAGCUAAUAUUUGUUAAUCGAUUAACAUUUUCUAAUUUAAAAACAAUUUCAUCAAUUAAUGUUCAACCUUUACAAGGAUAUCUUUAUAUAAGUGCAUAUUAUGAUGCACAACAUUCUUUUAUUUAUCGAAGUUUACUUGAUGGAUCUAAUCUUGAAAUAUUUUUAAUACUCCAAUAUCCAGUAUUAAGUAUGACAAUUGAUUAUCGUCAUCCACGUUUAUAUGUUAUGUUAUCAAAUGGUAAAAUUGAAAGUUAUGCAAUUGAUUCAAGUCAACCAUGGAAAACAGAUGUUUAUUUUGUUACAAAUUUUCGACCUUAUUCUAUUAAUCUCUAUGAUGAUAUACUUGUUGUUAUGGUUUUUAAUACAACAGAUUCAACAUAUGAUGAAUUAUGGAUAGAUAAAUUUAGUAAAACAAUAACAGAGAAAAAUCGUAAAUUAAAAACACCGACAAUUAUUCGAUAUAUACAUGAAUUUAAAUAUCCAAAUAUUGAUAUAUCGAAUAUGGUUAAACAAGUUUGUUCGGAUUCAUCAUGUCCAAACGGUCGUAUUUGUAUAUCAACUCCAUCAUAUCAACCACUUUGUAUUACUCCAGGACAAAUGAAUUUAUGUAGUUCAUCAUGUCAUAGUCGUGGUAUAUGUUCAAAUGGUCAUUGUGUUUGUUCGAAUCAAACAUAUAUCGGUGAUGAUUGUGAAAUAUGUCGAUUAACAGAUACAGUUCAUGUUGGUUGUUUUCAUAUUGGUAAUGAUUCACAACCACCUUGUAUGUGUUAUUUAUCACGAUCUAAAACUCGACAAACACCCUAUUUAUGUACAACACUUAAAAAUGAUCGUGAAGAAAUUGAAGUACCUUGUGAUCGUAUUAUAACACCAACAGAACGUGAAGUAUGUUCACGAACAUUAUUUGGUGAACCCUCAUGUGGUACUAUGAGUCAUUCAUUAAUUUUUCAUAUUCAAACACAAAGUUGUAUUUGUCGCGAAAUAAUCAAUAGAAAAAUAAAUUGUUUUAAUAAUGGACUUUUGAUUAUUGAUGAUUCUAAGAAUUCAUCGACAUGCUCUUGUCCGUCACCAUUUUUCGGAAAUCAAUGUCAUUUGACACGAUGUAAUAAUUAUUGUCAAAAUAAUUCUACUUGUACACUUAAUGGAACGAUUCCUAUUUGCAAUUGUUUAAAUGGUUUUAUUGGUGAAAAAUGUCAAUAUAAUCUAUGUCAAUCAUUCAUUUGUCAAAAUAAAGGACAAUGUAUUGUAGAAAAUAAUAAACCAAUUUGCCAGUAA